AUGGGUUUGCCACUCGGCUUCACGCUGUCCCCUAUCCCAACCAGCCAAGAUGCAGGAAUAUCCAUGCAGUCCAUCGAGAACUUCGCAAUCCAAACAGGCCCCGAUGACUCCCUCUCAAGGCUUCUUUGGCCAGGUCGCACAAUGAAAAAAGACGAUCAAGAAGACGCCGACGAGCCAUUCCACACCGUCGAGAUGCUGUCCGAACCCACAAACUUCUACCUUUGGAUAAUCGACGACAAAGCCAAUCAUCCUGUUGCUUACGCAUGGGGUCAGUACACCACCGGUCGGACAGAAGUAGAAUGGGCACAAGCAUACGCUAAACGCUACCGACCCGAGGGAAUCAAUAAGCCCUUGAUGGAUGCCACGAGCGGAGCGAGAUUUCUGAAGCGGGCGUCGAUCUUGGGCUCCAGUGACUGUUUCAUUAUCAAAGAGCUGUACGUUCUGCCGGAGUACCAGCGGCGUGGACUUGGGGGUGUUCUGAUGGAACGUAUGGUGCCCAAGGCCGAUGAACUCGGGCUGCCAGGUUACUUGGAGUCUUCGACCGUGGGGUAUGGCCUGUAUAUCAAGCAUGGAUUCGAGGAAGUCGGGCGGAUUACGGUGGAUCUGGAACAAUGGGGAGGAGAGAAGGGCGAGGAAAAUACGUACGUACUCAUGUUGAGGUCGGCUGAGAGACUAAAUGUUUAA